UAUUUAAAGUUUACAUUAAGAAAAAGCUAAUUCUACAAAAUCAAAAAUGCCUGAGAUAAUUGAACAACCCAAGGAUAUACCCCUUGACAACUGCUCUAUACCGCAACAAAAUAAGAGCCAGCAAACUAAUUGUGGCUUGUAUAGUCAUAUUCGUGGCACAAAUGUUUCCUACGGUACUGUCUCUAGUCUUCCACCGUUAGCCAAGGUCUUCGUGGAGGAAUCCGUAGCACUUUGCCAACCUAAUCAAGUGCAUAUUUGUGAUGGCUCCGAAAUGGAAAAUAAAAUGCUAGUGAGGAUAAUGUUGGAUGACGGAACCAUUAUUCCACUUCCAAAGUAUGAAAACUGUUGGUUGGCUCGCACCAACCCCGCAGAUGUUGCUCGUGUCGAAUCGCGCACUUUUAUUUGUACUGAACACCAACAUGACACCAUACCUACCCCGAAGAUUGGUGUGAAAGGGACGCUGGGUAAUUGGAUUUCUCCAUCUGGUUUCGAUCAAGCUAUUCAAGAACGUUUCCCUGGUUGUAUGAAGGAUCGCACUAUGUAUGUGGUACCCUUUAGUAUGGGCCCUAUAGGCUCACCACUUUCUAAGAUCGGAAUUGAAAUUACGGACUCACCAUAUGUCGUCGCUUCUAUGCGUAUUAUGGCUCGUAUGGGUACUCCAGUUCUAGAGCACCUAUGGAAACAGGAGGAGUUUGUACGUGCUUUACACUCGGUUGGUACACCUUCAAAUGGUGUUACUGAGAUGCCUUCAUGGCCAUGCGAUCCAGAGCGUACAAUAAUUUUACAUAAACCGUGUGAAAAUUUGAUAGUUUCUUACGGUUCGGGAUACGGCGGAAAUUCUCUUCUUGGGAAAAAGUGUUUUGCACUGCGAAUUGGAAGUACUAUCGCCAAACGUGAAGGUUGGUUAGCAGAGCAUAUGCUUAUUUUGGGUAUUACCAAUCCAAAGGGCGAUAAGAAAUAUAUCACUGCUGCAUUUCCCUCAGCUUGUGGCAAAACAAAUCUUGCUAUGUUAAAUCCCACACUCCCAGGCUACAAGGUGGAAUGUGUUGGUGAUGAUAUCGCUUGGAUGAAAUUCGAUAAUGAAGGUGUAUUACGUGCGAUAAAUCCAGAGAAUGGUUUCUUCGGUGUUGCUCCCGGUACUUCAGUUGAAACAAAUCCGAUCGCCAUGGCUACAAUAUUCAAGAAUACUAUUUUCACAAAUGUAGCCUACACUUCAGAUGGAGGUGUGUACUGGGAAGGUAUGGAGAGCAGUCUAUCACCUGGUGUAAAAGUAACUGAUUGGCUCGGUAAACCAUGGACCAUGGAAUCAGGCACGCCAGCCGCGCACCCUAACUCCCGCUUCUGUACUCCAGCUGGGCAAUGUCCUAUUAUUGAUUCACAUUGGGAGGAUCCACAAGGUGUUCCAAUCAGUGCAAUUCUUUUUGGCGGUCGACGCCCCGCUGGAGUGCCUUUAAUAUAUGAAUCGCGUAGCUGGGCUCAUGGAGUGUUUAUUGGGGCAGCUAUGCGCAGUGAAUCAACUGCUGCAGCGGAGCAUAAAGGCAAAGUAAUUAUGCAUGAUCCCUUUGCUAUGCGUCCAUUUUUCGGUUACAACUUUGGUCACUAUGUGCAACAUUGGUUAAGUAUGGAAAACCGUGGAAAAGUACCAAAGAUUUUCCAUGUUAACUGGUUCCGCAAGGGCUCCAACGGAAAAUUUAUUUGGCCUGGCUAUGGUGACAAUUCGAGAGUUUUGGAUUGGGUCUUGCGUCGUUGCAACGGAGAGAAUUGCUACACCGACGCUGCGAUUGGCAGAAUACCGGCCAAAGGCGAUCUUAAUUUGGAGAGUAUGAAACAACAAAUCGAUUACGAUGAAUUAUUCUCUUUGCCAAAGGAGUUCUGGUUGGAAGAGGCAGCAGUAAUACGUAACUACUUUGAAUCGCAAAUAGGUUCAGAUUUGCCUCAAGAAAUUUACAAUGAAUUAAAUCAGCUACAAGAUGCCAUCGCAAAACUUUAAACGUACUUUUUAUUAUUUAUAAAUAUAUGUAUGCACAUACUUAGAAUAAAAUAUUAAUAAGGAUUACAUUGUAAAUUCCAUUCCUUUAACUUAUGUUAAGCUAUUGGAUUAAAAAGAAUAAUAAACGUAUAUGCCAUAUAAUGCAUUUGAAA